AAUUAUUCAAUUUCUGCUACGUCUCUCACCAGACUUCAUCGGUUCAUCUGUUCCACUUAUCCAAUUGCUUAGCAAGCUAGGCAAAUGGCUUCUCUUCCAUCUUCUUUAUCCCUCCCGCAACUCCCUUGCAGAACGUCACCAACGCUAUUGAGUUCCGUCUCUGAUAAUUUCGUCAAUCUACCGAUAUCUAACUGGCCACGCCGAUCUCGCUUCAAAUGCUCCGCGGGUCAGACUGGGUUCUUCGGAAAGCUUGGAAGACUGAUCAAAGAAAAGGCGAAGAAUGACGUCGAGAAACUAUUCUCCGGAUUUACCAAAACUAGGAAUAAAUUGGCCGUCAUAGACGAGCUCCUUCUUUACUGGAACCUCUCCGACACCGAUCGCGUUCUGGAUGAGCUGGAAGAGGCUUUGUUGGUAUCUGAUUUUGGGCCUAGGAUUACUAUAAAGAUCGUUGAGAGUUUGAGAGAUGAUAUAUAUGCUGGCAGGCUAAAAACAGGAAGUGAGAUCAAAGAUGCAUUAAAGAGGGGUAUCUUGGAACUUCUUGCUAAGGCACCUAAAACAGAGCUCCGGCUAGGAUUCAGGAAACCUGCUGUAGUCAUGAUUGUGGGUGUUAAUGGAGGUGGGAAGACAACAUCCCUUGGAAAGUUGGCCAACAGAUUGAAGAAUGAGGGAGCAAAGAUACUAUUGGCAGCUGGUGAUACAUUCAGAGCGGCUGCUAGUGAUCAGCUGGAGAUUUGGGCUGAGAGGACAGGAUGUGAUAUUGUUGUUGCUGAAAAAGAGAAAACCAAGGCAUCAUCAGUUAUUUCACAGGCUGUUAAAAGAGGGAAAGAACAAGGCAUUGACGUUGUUUUAUGCGACACAUCUGGACGUUUGCACACUAACUAUAACUUGAUGGAAGAACUUGUUGCGUGCAAGAAAACUAUUAGCAAAAUUAUUCCAGGUGCACCAAAUGAAAUUUUGCUAGUGUUGGAUGGAACAACAGGUUUAAAUAUGCUACCACAAGCAAGAGAGUUCAAUGAGGUUGUUGGAGUGACUGGCUUAAUAUUGACCAAACUAGAUGGUUCUGCUAGAGGUGGUUGUGUGGUCAGUGUAGUAGAUGAGCUUGGCAUUCCUGUAAAGUUCGUAGGUGUUGGUGAAGGCAUAGAUGACCUCCAACCAUUUGAUGCAGAGACAUUUGUUGAUGCAAUUUUCUCUUGAGGCAUUAUUAUGGAUUCAUUUUCUAUAUCGCCCUAUACUCAUAAAUCAUCUCAGAAUCACCAUCUUGUUUAUUUUCGUACAUCUAAAAUAAAAUUUGCAAUCACGUGAACAAUCUGAACUGAUAUAGAUGUUUCCAUUCAAUUUAAGUUCAAAGAACUACUUCAGUACUUCA